GUGACCUCCAGCCACUGGACAACAUCAUUCCCCCUCCAAGCUCCUCCUUCCUUAAAAUCCUCUCUCUCUGGUGAGGGAAGGGUCUGUUUUUAACCUCGCUCCCGAGGCCUCCACCUCCUUCCCUUCGUCGGGAAAUCGAAGCCUUCUCCACGACUCCCGUGCGGACCCGGUUGCGGGCUCCCUUCCCCGCUGCCCGCCCCUCGCCUCGCCCCGCCCGGCGGCUCCCCAGCACCUCUCCGCGCCGACUCGGUCAGGGGUUUUCGGGAGCAUCUCACCAGAAUGAAUCACUGCUUGCACUGUGCAGUGCCAGCCCUGGAGCUUUGUCUGUUCUGCCUUCCAUAGCCGGUACCGUCACCUGCAGCUCACAAACCCCGUGAGGACUGCUCAGCCCUCUCGGGUCUCAGGUGCGUUUGGACGUGGAUGCAGCGUGCAGGUACAGCCAUGAAGAACCUCUGUAAUGCAAACAGCAGGUUUGCACUUGAUCUCUUCCAAAGGUUUCAUGAGACCAACCCAGCAGGAAACAUUUUUUUCUCUCCUGUCAGUGUCUCUGCUGCUCUGGCCAUGGUCCUUUUAGGGGCCAGAGGUAAUACAGAGACCCAGAUGGUGAAGACACUUCAUUUUGAUGAAGUUGAAGAUAUUCAUUCAAGGCUUCAGACUCUGACUAUGGAUAUAAACAGGAGCAAUACUUCCUAUCUCUUACGACUUGCCAACCGGCUUUUUGGAGAGAAGUCCUACAGCUUUUUGCCGGAUUUCCUGACUAAUGUUCAGAAAUUAUAUGGAGCAGAUUUGGCUACAGUUGAUUUUCUUCAGGCUUGUGAUGAAGCCAGGAAAGAAAUUAACCAGUGGGUAGAGGAGAAAACUGAAGGUAAAAUCCCUAAUCUGCUGUCUGAAGCCUCAGUUAAUAACAUGACCAGGCUCGUACUGGUGAAUGCUAUUUACUUCAAAGGGAACUGGGCAGAGAAAUUUGAAGAAGCCAACACCACUGACAUGCCAUUUCGGUUAAAUAAGAAUGAAAGAAAGACAGUGAAGAUGAUGUAUCAAAAAAAGAAAUUUGAGUUUGGGUAUUUUCCUGAAGAGAAGCUCCGUGUUCUAGAGCUGCCUUAUGAUGGAAGAGAACUUAGUAUGCUCAUCCUGUUACCUGAUGACAGUGAAGAUGACUCCACUGGACUACAGCAGCUGGAGAAGCAGCUUACCUUAGAGAAGCUCCAGGAAUGGACAAGUCCAGAGAAACUGUAUUCCACUGAUGUUCAUGUGCACUUGCCAAAGUUCAAGCUAGAAGAAAGCUAUGACCUUAAAUCAGAUUUAGCUGCUAUGGGCUUGUUGGAUGUGUUUGACAGUGACAAGGCUGACUUGUCAGCAAUGUCGGGGGCUCGUGACCUCUUUCUCUCUAAAGUUGUCCACAAAGCUUUUGUGGAUGUGAAUGAGGAAGGCACGGAAGCUGCAGCUGCCACUGCUGGCAUUGCUAACUUCUGCAUGGCUAUUGAAGAGGAUUUCAAUGCUGACCAUCCUUUCGUUUUCUUUAUUCGCCACAACCCAACUCAGAGCAUACUUUUCUUUGGCAGGUGUGCUUCUCCAUAAAACAGAACUUAGCAUUUGCAGACCAGUUCUUGCUUUAGUAAAAACUUUGCUCCUAAAUUAGUUGGAUUUUGAUGCAGAAAAUUAAUGCACCUGUCUUGACUUCCUGGUAAAUUUGACUGAGAUUUUGCCUUUCCCAGUAAAAAAUUCCCAGAGAAAUUGAGGAAUAAUUUAUUUUUCUUAAGAUUUAUUUCAUCUGUAAUAACUAGGAAGAUGUAAACUGUAGGCAGAAGAAAUCUUUUGCAAUACAUAUUCUCUUGGAAGAAAUUUGUUUCUUGUAAAGUGCAGGAUCAGCUUGUAUGUAUCCUUGCAUGUGUUUCUCUGUUUUGACAGCCCCCUGUUGUGAUACCUUAAUUGUAAAUCCCAUUGCAAUAAUUUAAUUACAAAUCCAAGUCAUUCCUUAUGCAUUUAUAGUUUUGCAAAGCUAUUUCUAGCCAUUUGCAAAGGAUGUUUUCCAAAGCUAUUUCUACCCUUAAGUCUUGCUUUUCAAUCAUAUCUUAAUAAAAUACUUCUAGGCACCAAGAGGCAUGUUCCUGAACAGCUGAGUUUACACUGUUGUGAAAGAGAAGGUCAGAUAACAUUUGUUUAGAAACAUCUAUUAAUAGAGAAAGGAUUAAGAAACUUAAACAAGAGUAACCCCUUCCAACCAUUAGCCAGAAAACGUGCAAUACAGCUUUAGAAUGAGGAGCAGAAGAAAUUAGUAACAACUUUAGGUGACAUGUUUAAAGAUUAGUUUUAAAAUUUAUAGUUUGGUACAAUUUACAGAUGCUGAAAAUGUGAAAGGAUGUCAGGGCUUGGAGGUUUAGGUGAUUGAAGCUAAUGGGUGUCUUCUUGCACCUACCUUGAAGCUUCUGGCCAGAUCCUCAAAAAAUACUUCAGCUUCCCAGAGGAUGACUGUGUAUAAUUUGCAAUAAACAUGUCUUUUCAUGUGCAAGGAUUCAACAUUUACUUAGCUGACUUCCACUACCUCUUUAUACACAAACCUGUUGUACUAUACAGCCUUAUGUCUGGGAGCCACUGUAAUCACAUAGUGUUCUGUGUUUAUUUUUGGUGGUUAUUUGCUUGUAUCAUGUAUAUCCUAGGUACUGUAGCAUUUACCUGUAA